AUUUCUUCAUUAAAACAAGAAGAAGAAAUUAGUUUCUUCUAUAGGAUGGGUCGAGGGAAGAUCGAGAUCAAGAGGAUUGAGAAUACGACUAACCGGCAAGUCACCUUCUCGAAACGGCGUCAAGGACUUCUCAAGAAGGCUCAUGAGCUUGCUGUUCUCUGUGAUGCACAACUUGGUCUUGUUAUUUUCUCACACUCUGGGAAGUUGUUUGAAUACUGCAGUCCUUCUUCAAGCAUGCGACAGAUCAUCGAUCGGUAUCAGAAAGCAACCAAUAUCCGCAUCGAGGAAGCCGGUAGCCAGCAUCAAAUUCUCUGUGAGAUUUCAAAACUUAGGAAUGAGAAUGACAAGCUUCAGGCCGGCAUGAGACAAUACAUGGGAGAAGAUUUAACUGCUCUAACUGCACAUGAUCUUGAUCAACUUGAAGAACAGUUAGAGUAUUCUGUUAACAAAGUUCGAGCAAGAAAGCACCAGUUGCUCCACCAACAGCUAGAAAACCUGCGCAGAAAGGAACACUUGCUGGAAGAUCAAAACAGCCAUUUAUACCAUGCUCUUGUUGAACAGCAAGCAGCAAUGGAGCACCAACAUCAGCAGGCAGCGGCCGCCGCAGAGGCGGAGCAGAAGAUAUCUGAGAUUCCGGUCCUCGAGUUCCCUCAUUUUUACCACGACGAAGCAUCCAGGACUUUCUUGCAGCUCUCUCCUCAGCUCCAUCCUUUUCGUCUUCAGCCAACUCAACCCAACCUUCAGGACACUAGCUUUGGUGGCCAUGGCCUUCAACUCUGAGCUUCAAUGGAUGGAUAUGGAGUUUAUCUUACAGCAACCACAAAAUCCAAAUGUUAUGCUUCAUAUUAUAUUAU